AAAAUCCUUACGUAAACAAUGUCAUUUUAAUAAUAAUCUAGUUAUUCAUACGAUUAAUGUUAUAGACGACAUUUUCUGUAAUAGUGAUUAAAAUAGACUCAUAAAUCAAACUCUUCUAAUAAUCUACUCUAGUAAAUAUCCUCGAAUUUCAGUUAAACUGUUAAUUAACAUUACAAUAAAAUUAUUUAAAUAAAUAAGAAUUUUAUCUUGCCGUAAAAUAAUUUUUAAGUUUAUUUAUCCGUUUAGCUCGGUAAAAUUUAUUAUUUGACCUAUAUAAACGAAUAAUAUUUUGAUCUAGAUUUUCACUAUACAAAGGGUCAUGCAUAAAAAGAAUCUUUCUCAAUUUUAAAAGAAGGAUCUAAGCGUGGAUGAUUUUUCUCGUCGAUAUGAAACAAUAUAUAAUUGAUAUCAUUCGACCGUGAUCAAUGAGAAUAUAAAGACAGCGACUAUCUUACUCUGUACGUCUGUAAAAUCGGGAUCAUUUCGGUAAGUAUAAUUUCGAGUAAAAUUGGCUCGGUUGUGAAAAUAAUUUGACAAUUCAUUUUUUAAAUUUAUAUUUGCUUUUAUAUUAUUAAAAUGUUUAUUUUACUUUUAGGAACAGGCGAAAUGUUUUUUAAGCUUAUUACUAUUUUAUUUUGCAUUUGGAUAGAUCGAAUAGAAACAGAAACGAUCAAAAGAGAUGCAGGAAAUGGUUCUUUACAUAAUAUUCAAUUCAAUAAUAAAGGAACUAUGAAAAAUUCACAUCCGACACAGUUUCAAAAUUUAAAAUAUCCAUUUCGUCCUUGGAAAUCGCCUUCGUUUAAUAGAUUCUCUUACGAAUCUCACAUGUUUCCAAGUAGCAAUUUUGAUCCCAUAACACAUACGAAUCACGAACAGAAUGUAGAAAACAGUUUCGAUCUCAAGGCAAUGGGUUAUCCCGCUACGGUAAAUAAUUUACCAACGAAUACUUUUUACGAAAAUGGAGGCUAUGUAUAUAAUAAUGGCAAUUUUAAACCUUACGAAAACAUUCUAAAAGAAAAAUACGAUUCGAUGAAAAAUACGUUUUCAAUUAUAAGAAAGAAGUUUCAAGAAGACGAAUCGCUAACUAUACUCCUUGGUCUAUUUCCGGCUGCUUUACUUUUGGCCUCUUUAAUGCCUAAUUUUAUAGUAAUCCCAAUGAAGAGAAUUUCUACCGCUUCCGAACCUGCUAAAGCGGGACAGGAUGUAGUUUUAGACAGACAAAGGCGACAUUCUCUUUUAGGAAAUAAUCCCGCAUUUCGUCUCGAUAAACGAAACGAACCACCAGAUUUCGAUCGUUCCAACUGUUUAAAAAGAUUUAUUUGCCAAUCGGCACGUCAAGGACGAAAAAAUAAAGAAAACGUCAUUCAGAAAACUCUAUACCAACUUGUUUCCAAAUUUAAAACAAAUAAGUUGUCAUUGUUUAGUUUGAAGUCAUUAUUAGAAGCUAUUAAAGGAAAUAAAUGCUACAUAUUUCAAUGUCCUUUUCACGAAAACGAAAUUUUAAAAAGAAAUAAAAAGAAAUUUUAAAAGAAUUACAUUAAACUAUGACAUUUAAUCGAUAUUAUAUUUAUUAUAUCGAUUUUAUGAUUCAUGAUAUAUAAACAACAAUA